AUGUCAUCAUCCGAUGAGCAUUCUAAACGCAAAACAAAAAAAGUUCAAUGUCAUUGUCCAAAAUGUAAAGGGAAAUUUGUAGAUCAAAGAAUGCAACAAGAGCAUAUCAGCCUAGCCGAUAUUGGUAAAUCUACAAAAACUGAAAUGCAAUCAUAUUCAACUAAACGCAAACGUGAAGAAGAACCUCUUCCUAAAUUCCAAAAACAUAGUUCAGAAAGUGAAGAUUCUGGAAACAUAUAUUCGGAUAGCAAUGUUUCUGAAAAUAAUGAAGAUGUUAAAGAACUGCUACCA